AUGACCGAAACAUCACAUCUCCCCCUUUUCGGUGGUUCACGCGCGUGGACUCCCGACGAAUGGACUUCGUCCGACGACCGCGUCCGCGGCGGCAGCUCCAAAUCGACUUUGGAGGCGACCGCUGAAUCCCUCGUCGCCACCUUCAAAGGAACCCUCGACAUCACCACCCUCGGCGGCGCCGGCUUCGCCUCCCAGCGCACGGCGACCGAGGACGGCCGGUGGGAUCUCUCGGAGUACGACGGAAUCGAGCUGAAGAUUGAUCACGCGGACGGCAAGCUCUACACACUUACGCUGAAAGACGAGAUUCUGGCCAAGCGGCCUGAUGGGCGGGAGCAGAGUACGCUGAGCUGGGAGUUUGAUUUUCGACCGCACGGGGCGACGACGUACUUUAUUAAAUGGGCGGAUUUCCGGCCGACGUAUCGGGGGCGGGACCAGGAGGGUGUUGAGCCCUUGGAUUUGAAGAAUGUGCGGCGGUUUGGGAUUAUGAUACGCAGCUUUUUUGGUGGCCAGGAAGGUCCGUUCGAGCUGGGGAUUACUUCCAUUGCUGCUUUGCGAACGGAGCGGUAUCUGGAUCACCCUGAAGAGGAGCCAGAUGAGUAUUUUGAUGAAAAGCUCGGCGCUUUUGUCCAGCGCCGGCCAACUUGGUUCGGAUGGUUCACCUCAUGCCUUGGAUGUCGGUAA